CCGCUAGAGAGCAGUGAGUCGCGGCGCUUGAUGGGGCCGCUGAAGUUUUCAAGAUGUCGUCGCUGGAGCAGAGACUCUCCCGAAUCGAGGAGAAACUCAAGCAGGAAAAUAAAGAAGCCCGCAAACGAAUCGACCUGAACAUCGACAUGAGCCCGCAGCGGACGCGCCCGAGGCCAAUCAUCGUGAUCCAGCUCAGUCCAGCUCCAGCUCCCUCCCAGCGCGCAGCUUUACAGUUACCAUUGGCCAACGAUGGAGGAAGUCGCUCAUCCUCUUCAGAAAGCUCUCCUCAACACCCCUCGUACCCUAGCAGACCCCGACAAAUGCUCACGCUUCCCACCCCGCCCUACUGCCUACAGAAGAGCCUAGAGAAUGCUGAAAUCGAUCAAAAGCUUCAGGAAAUCAUGAAACAAACCGGAUAUCUGAAGAUUGACGGACAGCGUUACCCUGCAGAGGUGACGGAUCUGAUCAGUGAGGGGGAGAUCGGCAGUGGAACCUGUGGACAGGUGUUUAAAGUUCGCUUUAAGAAGACUGGCCAUGUCAUCGCUGUCAAGCAAAUGAGGAGGACGGGUAAUAAAGACGAGAAUAAGAGAAUCCUCAUGGAUCUGGACGUUGUGUUGAAGAGUCAUGACUGUCCGUACAUCAUUCAGUGCUAUGGAGCAAUAGUCACCAAUACGGAUGUGUUCAUCGCCAUGGAACUAAUGGGUACGUGUGCAGAGAAGCUGAAGAAGAGGAUCCAGGGGCCCAUACCAGAGGCCAUUCUGGGAAACAUGACCGUGGCCAUUGUAAAGGCUCUGCUUUAUCUGAAAGAGAAACACGGUGUCAUUCACCGAGACGUGAAGCCAUCUAAUAUCCUGUUGGAUGACAAAGGGCAGAUCAAACUGUGUGAUUUUGGCAUUAGUGGCCGACUUGUGGAUUCUAAGGCCAAGACUCGCAGCGCCGGAUGUGCUGCAUACAUGGCGCCUGAGAGAAUAGACCCUCCGGACCCUAGUAAGCCAGACUAUGACAUCAGAGCUGACGUCUGGAGUCUUGGCAUUUCUCUGGUGGAGCUAGCCACGGGGCAGUUUCCUUACAAGAACUGCAAAACAGACUUUGAGGUUCUCACCAAAGUUCUGCAAGAGGACCCACCAGUCCUUCCUCUCGGCAUGGGCUUUUCCCCUGACUUUCAGUCCUUCGUCAAAGACUGUCUCACAAAGGAUCACAGAAAAAGGCCAAAAUACCACAAGCUGCUUGAACACAGUUUUAUCCGUCGUUACGAGGUGUCCGAGGUAGACGUGGCGGGCUGGUUCCAGACGGUGAUGGAGCGCACAGAGUCUCCUCGCAGCAGCCAGUGCUUCAACCAUCACCAGCUCCACUCUCUCUUCAGCAGGUAGCCAGGCGGAGAACGGCAGAGAGAGAAUGAUGCGAUGUUGAGGAGUUGAUUUAGAGACACGGAUGGACAGGUUUGAAAUGUAAAUUACGUUAACGAAAAAGACACGAUGGAGUGGAAAUGGACCGAUUGAGAGGGGAGAAUAUGGCAGAAACGAAAGCUAGAAUGUUCAUUUUGGAGUUUGACUGAUCGACAGACAAUCCUGGGCAGGUUUGAUGUAAAUCUGAAAUAUUUUUGUCCUUCUCAUCCACCCAUUGAACAGGAUGGACCAUUACAGGUUGCAGUCUUAACACGCUCACUGUGACACACGCGCGCACGCACAUUUGCAGUAACACUGUUUCACUAAACCUCCGCGCAUUGACCGUCAUAUAAAGAUUAGCCACACAAGAGUAAGCGUACAGUCUAUUUAGUUAACUUCCUAAUCCGCAGAUCAUGAGGUCCUCCGUAGCCCCUUACUCAGGGACUGAACAGAGUAGUCGAACAACACUGUGCAAUGGUGUGUGUGUGUGUGUGAGUGUGUUAUCCGUUUAUCAGU